AUGAGCAAUGAUGAGACACAUCAUCGUAUGGUUGCGUUAAAUAUUGUUGCUCUUCUUAUCUCGUCCAAAGGUCUCGGGCGAAAUUCUUAUUUGGGUAAUCUUCUCUUUAAUAGUGACCAGAAAAUGCCGGAAAAUUACACUGAACAUGUGCAGAUGAAGAUAUGUUGGUCGGCCUUCCUCCCUGGAGAUCCAUUUAUUACACAAAUGCUUGAUGUACGUGCACAAGUUACCCUACGCUUGCCAAAAAUAUCUCCACCGAAACAUUGUGGUGAUCCGAAUGAUCAUCGUUUAUGUCCAAUGUGCCACAAAGACAUUGGUGCUAUACAAGAUGGUGUUCUUAUCGAGCGUGAUCCACCUCAGCUUAAAAUUCCGAUCAAUGGUGGUUUUCAAUUUAUUACUAGAUAUAUUGAAGAUUAUAACCGAAAAGUCUGCUUCGGUUAUCACUAUCGAACACCGGCCGAACAGAGUAAUGUAGGUGAUAAGCCUGAUCAUCUUCAACACUCAAUAUCCUAUCGUUUUAUUCACAUGUUCAUUCAUGCGACACUUCUUUUCUUAGAUGAAUUAGACUAUUUAUCCGAAAUCGAUCUGCCUAAACCUGAACACUUUCGAGAACAUUUUGAAAAAGAUUAUGCUCUUCUUGCUGAACAAGUGAAUGAUGACGAACACUGCUAUCUCUGGUUAUUCAAAUUAUUUAAUCAUUUGCUAGAUGAACAAUUUAUUCAGGAGGGUUUAUUGGACAAUCAUGAGAAAGUUGUACAAUUCGAAAAGUGUCUUGAAAAACAGCUCCUUUUUACUCAUAUGAAUUCGAUUGCCGAAGAAAUUCGUCAAUGCAGAGUUGCCUAUAUAGAUUUUGUCCGACAGUGUGAUGAGAAAUUUUCUAUGAAAAGAUAUGUUGAUGAACUCGAAGAGAACGAGCAGCGAUUUCCAUUGCUACGCUAUUUCAAUGUCACAAAUAUUCAUACAGUCGAUCCGAUGAAUGAAUUUUCUUCAAAAAUUCGAAUGUUACCCUAUGGUAAUAAGACCUAUCCAAUGACCACGUUUUUAUUGCAAAAAAUGGAUAAUUAUGCCAAUAUCCGAUAUCUUUAUCCUAUUGUUGCAUUUACUUGUCAUUUAACACAAAAAUUCGACUAUCGUAUUAAACGAAAUGAUGCAUUGAUAAAAACGAUCUCUGAGUAUUUAAAUCAAGGAUCAGAUAGUGAAAUCACAACAGAACUCUAUAAUAAAUUUGUUGAUGCUUGGUACAAAAUUACACUGAAAGAUGUUCAAUAUGGAUGCCAUAGACUGAAACUCGAACAUAAUAUUUCACAAGAUGAAUUCGCACAAAAUACGAAACUCGCCAUGGUAUUAUUGAACACAACGAAAGAUGAAAGUGGCAUUUUGUUAACUGUUUGCUUGAAUAUCAUUGGAGAAUUACAAAAUGAGAUCGUGCGUUUCUUUCAUGAAACAGUUAUUGGUAAUUCGGGUAAUUCUCGACGUCAACGAGCAAUUCCCAUUCAAUCUAUUCGAGCUGAACAUCUUCUCAAUCUUACGGCAAAUGAUAUUAGUUUGAAAUUGAUUACCGAUGGCUUUACGAUUAACUAUGAAUAUGAUAUGGGUAAAGAUAUUAUUUAUGAUUAUGAAGAAGUUGAAUUGACUUUAUGUAACAUAAUUAGUCGUUUGCCUUUGAUAAAUACUGAAAAAAUUAAUUAUUUCAAUUAUCAAUUUGAGUUAUAUGGAGAAAAUACAUCAUUAAUUAAUGAGGUCCGAGCACGAGUCAAGCAAGAAUUACUAAUUGAUGAUGAACGGACAAAGCUUCGAGGAUAUAUUUCAGAAAUGAGUAAUGAAGGCAUUCUUCACUAUCUUGGUUCACUUGAUUAUGUCUUCACUUAUUUGAGUACUAUUGCCGAUGACUUCGGGCAAGAUCCAUCGAGUAUUCAGGUAUUCGUUCAAAAUUACAUUAGUUCGACCGCAUGCCUCAACGAAAAUGUUCUACGACGGCAGCCAUUUUCCAUAAUUAAUCUCAAGUAUAUUAUCGACUUGUAUGAACUAUUAGAAGAAAGAGCAUUCGAUCAAGUUUUACGUCCGUAUUUUAAACAAGAAUUAUGUGAAGAAACAUUUCCUCCAAACGAAAGAACACGCCUAAUUGAGGAAUUUAUCGAUUCGACUUCGAACAAUAAAAAAAGUGCCGCAUGUUUUCAAAACUUGAACUGUUGGAUUGCAAUUCUCAAACGUAUCAUGGUGCGAGUACUCUCCAAUGUAAGUGUACAUCUCGAUGUGCCGUUAAAUCUCUAUCUUAGACGUCAUGAUCUGUGGACAGGCGAUAUCACUUUCGCCGAUAUACAAUCAAUUACAGUUAGCGAUGAUAUUCUUUUGAAACAUACGUUCGUCAUUCUGAAAGGCUUAGAAAUGCGACAAGAUUACCUACGGACUCGUACGACUCAAACGGAAAUGGAUCUACAGAAAACAGGUGCGACUGAACUGCAAACAUCUCAAGGACAAAUACACCAAGCAACCACAUGGCAUGUAACAGAUACCAAGAGUGGCAACGUACCUAAAGUGAUUGGAGCAAGAAAAGGCGCUGACAAGAAACUACGUUAG